AUGUGCGUGUUUGGAGUGUCAUUGAUGCAUUUCGGUAUGGGGCCGGGGGGAUGGAGGCAGGCAGGCCGGACAAGUAUUACCGAACGCACUAACCGUCAGAUCAGUCGCCAGUGUGCGUUCGGAAGCCCUACCGUGCGGGUGUACGUCGCGCUCCUACAACUUACACGCGAAACUCGAUAUCUUAAACUAAAAAUCGUAUUAUUUGUUGUGAAUUUAAGGUUUGUUGUAGUGCUUCGAUUGCUUACUCUUGAUGAGUAA